AUGAGCCCAGACAACAUACUUACUGCGCCGUCAUGUGGACACAAUCCCAUCGACACUUAUAAUGGCAACGACCACGGCAAUGAUGCAUAUGGAAUACUGGAGCCGGAUGGCAACACAAACAAUAUUGAUGAAUGUUGUGGAGACGGAAACCUUCUACAAGCUGAAUACCUUGAGCCUGAUGAAGAAGCUAGGAUGUUCGCCCACCAAGAUAUUGAGUUUGAAUCCUACCGUGAACGACGUCACACUGAUGGAACACACACAAAUGAUCUUCAUGCUAUGGUGUACAUGAACCUAUCCAAAAAUCACCACGUCCUUAGAAAAGUUAGGGACUGCCUCCACUGUGGAGCAUUGCGGUUUCAGUAUGAGGGACCUGCAUUUUGUUGCAGAAAGGGGAAAGUAGGUUUGUUUACACCUGAGGUUCCGGAUGAGUUGAAACGGCUGUUCACAAGUCAAGGUGAUGACGAUGCUAAAUAUUUUCGAGACAACAUACGGUAUUUCAACUCUCACUUCUCAUUCACAAGUCUUGGAGUCACCCUUGAUCGUCGAGUAAGCACUGUGGCAGGAACCGGCGUAUAUACCUUUCGUGCAUGUGGGGGGUUGUACCAUGCUCUUGAUGAUCUGGUGCCGGCUGAUAAUGGUCCUAGGCAUUUGCAGCUCUAUAUUUAUGAUACAGAUCAUAACUUGGUGCACAGGGCUAAGAGGUCUCCAGAUCUGAAUAUAGAACUCAUACGUAAAAUUCUGCUAAUACUAGAGCCGAACCCUUAUGCACAGGCUUUCAAGAGCCUUGGGUCCGUUCCAAAUCUAGAUGAGUACAAGAUCUCACUAAACACAGAUAUCAAGUUGGAUCAACGUAGGUAUAAUGCCCCAACGACUUCUCAGGUGGCAGCUAUAUGGGUUGAAGGGAGCGACCCACAAAAUUGUUUUGACAGGAGUGUUGUUGUGCAUGGAAAAAAAGGCGACCGGCCCCUGUACAUUAGAGCAUACUAUGGGUGCUAUGAUCCAUUGUCAUAUCCACUGUUUUUCCCACGUGGGGAGACAGGUUGGAAUCGCUGGAUGCCGUAUGUUCAGGAACACAAUGACACAAACCAAUAUCCGGCGCAUUAUUCAGAUCCGCAAGAAAACCGGGCCUCUGAAUUACAUACAGAUGAAAACUUGAUGGGUGGAAGGGAACAAGUUGGCAACUUUGGGCCAGAUGAAGACCGAGUCACUGAUUUACAUGCAGAAGAUAAUUUGAUUAAUGAAAGGGAACAAGUUGGGAAUUUUGUGCCAGAUGAAGACCAUGCCAGUGAUUUACAUGCAGAUGAUAAUGAGGAUAACCAAGAUGAGGAUUUUGUUGACAAUGAGGUGAAUGCAACACAAUCCAGGAAAUUUGUUAGUGCGAGGGAGUACUACUGCUUCAAGCUACAGGUCAGGAAGAAGCUUUUUAACAUCGUCUUGUUUGGUGGACACCUUUUCCAACAGUGGGUUGUUGACAUGUAUAUCAAGAUUGAGACUAUGAGGCUGGACUGGUACUCAAAGCCAGAGAAUCAAAAGGUUAUACGAGCUGACCUCUACCAGGGUCUUGUUGACACCAUCAUUGCCGGCGAGUCACGUGGUGAUCGGAUUGGUAAGAGAAUCGUGCUUCCACGCACGUUUCCUGGUGGUGAUCGCGACAUGCAGCGAAGGUUCCUCGAUGCAAUGACAAUAGUCCAACGGUGGGGUAAACCGGAUUAUUUUAUCACGAUGACUUGCAAUCACUACUGGGAGGAGAUAACACUUAAUCUGAUGCCUGGACAACUGCCACAAGACCGUCCAGACCUGGUGGCAAGGGUAUAUAGGGCUAAACAGCGAGAUAUGAUGGACUUGCUAAUUAAGGGUAAGCAUUUCGGACAAGUCGCAGCUUAUGUACAUGUCACAGAGUUUCAGAAACGAGGCCUCCCUCAUGAGCAUAUACUUUUAAUCAUGAAAGCAAAUAGCAAGUUGGCAACCCCGGAUGACUAUGAUCGGGUGAUAUCCGCAGAGAUACCGGACAAAGAGAAACACCCAGUUCUGCAUGAGCUGGUCGUCAAACACAUGUUGCACGGACCCUGUGGUGAGUUGAAAAAAAGUUGUCCGUGCAUGAUUGAUGGACAGUGUAGGUUCCAUUAUCCGCGAGAUUUUUGUGAUGCCACACAACAAGGGAGAGACUCUUAUCCCAUCUAUCGGAGGAGGGACGAUGGGCAUGGAGUUAGGAUUAGAGGAGCCAAUUUGGACAAUAGAUGGGUGGUCCCUUACAACCCUUGUCUGCUUAUGCGAUACAACUGCCACAUUAAUGUUGAAGCAUGCUCGAGCAUCAAGGCAGUGAAGUAUUUGUUCAAGUACAUAUAUAAAGGCCAUGAUCGGACAUCAUUUGCUUUUGAGCAGGACAUAAUCAAUGAUGGUGGAAUCAUCAAUGAAAUCCGACAAUAUAGGGAUGCACGCUAUGUAUCUCCUCCAGAGGCUAUUUACAGGAUUUUUGGUUUUAAAAUGUUUGGUGUCAGUCCAUCAGUGCUACAGCUCCAACUUCAUUUGCCAAAUAUGCAUACAAUUGCAUUUAAAUCUGGUGAAAAUCUAGAAGAUGUUGUCGCUCGACCAUCUUCAUCUAGGUCCAUGCUUACCGAGUACUUUGAGAUGAACCGGAAGAUUCCGCAAGCACGGAAAUUGUUGUACAGAGAGUUUCCAGAGCAUUAUAGAUGGAUAGCUGGAAAAAAGAAGUGGCAGAAGAGAAGAAAUAACAGAUCGCAGAUUGGAAGACUUGUCUACGCACACCCUGCUGAAGGAGAGAGGUACUACUUGCGUGUGUUGCUAAGUCAUGUCCGAGGUGCCACUUCAUUUGAUGAUUUAAAAACAGUAAAUGGCAACAUGUGCACUUCCUUCAGAGAGGCAUGUGAACACUUAGGCCUCAUUGAGCACGACAAGACUCUUGAUGAUUGCAUGACAGAGGCGGCCACAUUUCAGAUGCCUUGUGCCCUAAGAUGGUUGUUUGCGACUAUAUUGGUUUUUUGCGAGGCAACAGAAAUCCGACAAUUGUGGGAGAAACAUCUACCAUCAAUGUGUGAGGAUUACUGUCUUAAUGAAUCAAAUGAGUCAAUACUUGAGCAGAUGGUCCUUAGAGAUAUUAGGGAUAUGUUGCAAUCCAUGGGAAAGGAUAUUAAAAACUAUGGACUUCCGGAUCUAGUAGAGACCGAUGGUUCUUAUGACGGUGAGUACAGAGAGGUAACAGAAGAGAGGCAAAUCACCGCGGACAUAGAACAUCUAGAUCUAUUUAGCAGUUUGAACAAUGAGCAGUUGGCUGGUUUCAAUGACAUAAUAGAUCAUGUGAUGAACAAAAAAAGCCAGAUAUUCUUUGUUGAUGGUCCAGGAGGCACUAGGAAGACGUACCUGUACAAGGCAUUGCUUGCUAAGGUGCGUUCCAUGGGCCAAAUGGCGAUUGCAACUGCUACAUCUGGUAUUGCAGCAUCGAUAAUGCCUGGAGGAUGGACAGCACACUCUCGGUUCAAAAUACCAAUCAAGCUCACUGACAAUAGUAUGUGCAGUUUCACAAAACAAAGUGGUACAGCGGAGUUGCUUAGACAGGCGUCCUUGAUAAUUUGGGACGAAGUCGCUAUGAAAAAACGUCAAGCAGUUGAGACGCUUGAUAGAUCACUACAGGAUAUAAUGGAAUGUUCUUUGCCGUUUGGAGGAAAGGUUGUCGUCUUUGGUGGUGAUUUCAGGCAGGUCCUACCUGUUGUGACACAUGGGACAAGAGCGCAGAUCACGGAUGCUACACUUCUGAGAUCCUAUCUUUGGGAGAAGACCCGCAAGAUACGUCUCACACGCAAUAUGCGGGCACAGGCUGAUCCUUGGUUCUCGGAAUACCUCCUAAGGAUAGGCAAUGGAACUGAAGAGACAAUUGGCGACGACUAUGUCCGUCUCCCUGACGACAUUGUCAUUGGCUAUACCGAGGAUGAAAAAGCUAUUAACAUGCUCAUCGAAGAUGUCUUCCCAUCGUUGCAUGCCAAUGCUACAUCCAGAGAGUACAUGAGUGCACGUGCUAUUCUAUCGACCAAGAACGAUCAUGUCGAUGACCUGAAUGACAAGAUGAUCUACAGGUUUCCAGGUGAAGAAAAGUUAUAUCAUAGUUUUGACUCAAUCGAGGAUGACCUACAGAAUAAUUACACAAUUGAUUUUUUGAACUCGAUCACACCAAAUGGCUUGCCCCCACAUGUUUUGAAAUUAAAGGUCAACUGCCCGGUCAUUCUGCUACGGAACCUCGACCCUCAUAAUGGUCUAUGCAAUGGAACACGGCUUAUGAUCAGAGCCUUUCAGGAUAAUGCAAUCGAUGCAGAGAUUGUUGGUGGUCAGCAUGCUGGAAAGAGGGUGUUUAUACCUAGGAUCCCUAUGUCGCCCUCGGAGGACAUCUCACUUCCUUUCAAACUUAAGAGAACACAGUUCCCCAUCCGUCUGAGUUUUGUGAUGACAGUUAACAAGGCACAGGGUCAGACCAUCCCAAAUGUUGGCAUUUACCUUCCCGAGCCAGUAUUCUCACAUGGUCAGCUAUAUGUUGCAUUGUCAAGAGGAGUGUCGAGAGAGACAACACGGAUUUUGGCCAAGCCAAACAAGGAUGUCGAUAAAUCCAGGAAAAGCACCAAGAACAUUGUCUACAAAGAUGUUUUGGAGAGAUGA